AUGUCUCUAUUCCUGCAAACACAUUACACACUCUCUCUACCUUCACCCCCUCCCCCUUCUCGUUUCUCAAAUCGAAACCCUAACUCUAACCCCUACAAUUUCCCCCCUCUAAUCCCCACCACACCUCCCAAAUCCCAAUUCCAAUUUCCCAAUAACCGUUCUCCACCCUCUACUGUCUCCGCCUCCCGCCGGGACACUUCAGAAACGCCGCAGUUAAAGUUGCCCCUUGCUCUAGUGCGCGUAACUCUCUCCGCCGCGCUGUUUCUCUGCUGUGGCAUUCGUGCUUGUUCGGCCUCUUCGCCUCCUCUAACCACCACCGUGGUUCAGCAGGAACAAACUAUUCAAGAUGAAAAUGAUGCAAGGAAACAAGAUGGCAGUGAAAAGAUAGAUGUAGAUAAGGAGUUAGAAGCAUCUUUUAAUGCUUGGAAGUCUAAAACGUAUGCAUUGACUGUUCCUUUGAAAGUUGUUGCUUUGCGUGACUCUAUUCCUCCUUCAUGGAUCAAGGACUUCAUAAAUUCUCAAGGGAAGAGAAUGUCAUUUAACGUGAAGUAUUAUGCAAGUCUUGAGAGCAUCUUCUCUAAUCUAUCCAUUCCCUUUACCAAAGGAAAUCUUGGCCCAACAUCUGCUUUGGCAGCUGAUAUUGUCGGUAUUGGUGAUUCAUGGCUCAAAUUUGCCAUUCAAAAAGCUGUAAUUGAGCCAAUACAGGAUGUAGAUGGCCAGGAAUGGUUUAAAAACUUAGCUGAGAAAUGGAAGGUAUAUCUACGCAGGAACCGUGAGGGAGAAAUGGAUCCUGAAGGUGAUGUAUGGGCUGCCCCAUAUCGAUGGGGUUGCAUGGUAAUAGCAUACAAGACAAAUAAUUUUCAAAAGUAUAAGUUGGCUCCUAUAGAGGACUGGGCUGAUCUGUGGCGUCCUGAUCUUUCGGGGAGGAUUUCCAUGGUAGAUUCUCCUAGAGAAGUUGUUGGUGCAGUAUUAAAGUAUAUGGGGGCUUCCUAUAAUGCAAAUGACAUCAAUUUGGAAGUUAAUGGUGGGAGAGAUGCAGUUAAACAUAAUUUAGCAUUGCUUGCAAAACAGGUUCGACUCUUUGAUAGUGAAAACUAUCUAAAGGCUUUUGGAGUGGGAGAUGUGUGGGUAGCUGUUGGAUGGAGUAGCGAUAUUAUUCCUGUUGCUAAACGCAUGUCUAACGUUGCAGUUAUCGUUCCAAAGUCUGGAGCAAGUUUAUGGGCAGAUCUUUGGGCAAUUCCUGGUGCCUCUCGGAUUCAAACUAGUCAGAUUGGUGGGCGUGUCAGGGGACCGUCCCCUUUAAUCCAUCAGUGGAUAGAGUUUUGUCUGCAAUCUGCAAGAGCACUUCCCUUCAAGCAGGAGGUGAUUCCAGGUGCCUCUCCCCCUCUUCUUCAAGGUCAUUCCGCCAAUGUGUCCUUGGAGUUGACCAAGGGUAGGCCAAGGCUAGACACCAAUCUCAUUGAUGGAGCACCACCACCUAACAUUUUAGCAAGGUGUGAGUUUUUAGAGCCAUUAUCUAAUUCAGCAGUGUCAGAUUACCACUGGUUGCUUGACUCAAUUCAAAAACCUGGCAAUGGAUUGAUACACAGAGUGCGUCAGUAUAUCUCAUCAGUGGUCUCAUUUUCUAGAUGA